AAAAAAUUUAGUUUGAAGUAAAUCAACUAAAAUUUAAAUAGAUUGAGCGGGUAAUUUAGUGACCCUUAAAAAGAUUAUUUUGCUUCUGAUUGUUGGCUUAAUCCAUAACGGAAAAACAGAAAGAGUAAUACCGCUGAAGACUUGAAGAAACAAAGAAGAAGAAGCUAAUUUCCUCUGAAAAAACAAAUUAUCCACGAAAUCUUGCUCUAUGAUGGAUCCAAAGCAUUCUUGUCCCGAUGUACUCAGCAAACUCCCUCAUAAUGUGAUUGAUGAGAUUCUUAUGCGUCUACCUUUUCGAGAUGCUGUGUGCACUAGCAUUUUGUCCACGGAUUGGAGAAAACAUUGGUGUAGACUUUCACAGUUGACGCUUGAUUCUGACUUUUGGAAACCUAAAAAGGAUAAAGCAGUUUGUAGAGCUACUAAGGACCUUACAAGUAACUUUACAACGACUAUCCACAACAUUAUUACCCGUCAUCCGGAACCAAUUACAAAGUUUACCCUUUGCAUUCAGUAUUGGAAAAGCUGCCCCCCUAUUGACAAGUUAUUAUGUUUCCUCUCUGAAAAAGGCAUUCUGCAUCUUGUUCUUAGACUUCCGAGACAAUUCAAAUUGCCUUCUUCAUUUUUCACAUGUUUGAAGUUGAGGCAUCUGUUUCUCCAAAACUGUUUAUUACUUCCUCCAUCAGCCUUCAAAGGAUUUGAUAGGUUAAUUAGCCUAGAACUAAAUGAUGUUACGAUUUACUCCAAGCUGCUUGAAAGUUUAAUUUCUAAUUGCUUACUGCUUGAGCAAUUGGUUCUAAAGAUCUCAGAUACGUUAAGCGACGUCAUCGAAAUUAAUGCUCCCAUGCUGAUAUCUUGUGAUUUCGAGGGCGAUAUAGCAACUAUCUGCUUAAAAUGUGUCCCUCGUUUGGCAAAACUUUCUCUCAUGUAUUAUCAUAAGGACUGGAAAAGGUUUGAUGUUGCAAAUUUUUUAACAUCAAACUUUUUUGAGUCUUGUUCUGUUCUCCAGCAUCUUCAAUUGGAUUACGGGGUCCCCUUGGCUACGGGCAAAGAAAUACCAACAAAGCUUCCCCUUGAUCUGACGUGUGUCAAACAUAUUUGCAUGUGUAUAUAUCUUGAGAGGGAUGAGAUUCUGUCCGCUCUUUGCUUGAUAAGAAGCUUCCCAUUUUUACGAUAUCUGGAAAUUCAGAUGGAGCUCAAUGUUAUGAAUGCCAUGCCGGCUGUAGAAUGUCUUGAAGUGGAAGCUUUUCCAGAUGUGAUAUUCAAAUACCUAAGGGAAGUUAAGCUAAUAGACGUUGAUGGCGGUAUGCUGGAGAUGCAACUUAUCAAGCUUCUGUUAGCAAAGUCUCCAGCGCUGGUGAGAAUGUUAAUCAAUCCCCACAGGCUUUUGAAAGAAUCUGCAAUAGUCAAAAGACUUGAUAAGCUAACAGAAUUUGAGCGUGCAUCAUCUAAAGCAGAAGUUCUCUUUAAACUAGUAUAAGUAGCAUCAUGUUUGAUCCGAUGUUCAAUCAGAGACCGUGGUCAUGUUUUGGGUGUUGAUGCAGUAUAAGACAUGUGUUUUGCCAUUAUAUUGAGAGAAAUCUCGACAUCA